CAUAAUACUCAAAAUAGAAAUUGCAUUUUUCGUUUUAUGAUUUCGAGUUUACAGUUGUUAGGAACUCUAUUGGAUAUUGGUAGUUUGUUUCAUGAGGAAAACGGUUCAUCUUGCUUUCGCUGUGCCUUUUGUUUACAGAAAUAGUAUCCAACACUUGAAACAGUUCUGUUGCAAGUCUUGCAGAUAUUCGAGGACCCAGAGUUAUGUGGUGCCAUUCUAUAUCACCAUGACUACGGAGAAGAAACAGACACAAGCCAAAGAAAGUUUGGGAACCAAUCCCUCAUCCUCUCAAGAUAACUCCAACAAGCCAAAACAAGAAUCAUCUGAAAGUGAACGAGACUUUGGACAAGAAACAAGCCCCUGGAGCUUGCAGUGGGAACAAAAACUGCAGGAGUUUACCAAUUAUUUCAAAAACAUAAAACUUGAAGGGGUACUAGAUCAAGCAAAAGCUACUGCAAAGGUUCUUUGGGCUAACUUGGCAGCUGGAGAAGCACUUUCAAGGGGUGAACCUUAUGCAGCGUUACAACUUAUUGUACUCUUGUUGAUCUUGAGAGAACCAGGUUCCACAGAUGCACUUAUAAACUUCAUUCUUGGGCCGUGCACUCUCAUAACAGGAUUAUCCAUCUUAUUCAAAGCUGCCGUUGAUCUCGGAAAGGAACAAUUGACACCCUGGCCAGCACCAGUUCCUCAGAGUCAAUUAAGAACAGAAGGAUUGUAUCGUUUCGUUCGUCAUCCAAUGUAUCUUGGAGUGGUUUUAGCCAGCUUUGGGUUUUCAGGGACCACAAAUUCUUCGGAACGUCUGUUACUGAGUUUGGGUCUCCUCUAUUUACUAAUCAAAAAGGUCGAGGUGGAAGAAACUUUCUUGGAAAAGAAGUUUGGAGAAGAAUACAAAAGUUAUCGUGAAAAGGUGCCGUAUAGAAUUAUUCCAAAAGUCUUUUGAAAGGACAAGUCAAAAACACAAGUUGCCUU